AUUCUGUAAUGCACAACGAGUUUAAUCAUAUUGAAGAGGUUCACAAUUUUUCAAAGCCUUAGAUUUCGUUUUAUUAUUUAAAAUUUCAUCUUGGAAGAUAUAAACUUAGAAAGUAAUACAAUCCAACUUUAAUUAACACUUCUACUCAUGAAAAUGACACUCUCCUCUACUAUUUUACGAUUUUUAACUAUAGUCAUCCUGUUUGCUUCUACCUCUCAAUCUUUUCAAGAUUGCGAAAAGGUCGAAGGAAAGGGGAUAAUCAUUACGGGUGCUUCUAAGGGAAUUGGUAGAGAAAUAGCUAAACAGUUAUCAAAAUGUAACGUUAAUUUGAUGGCGGUCGGUAGAAAUGUUGAAAAUUUAGAAUCAUUGCAAGAGUUUAUGACAUCUAACAAUGAAAAAGGAACGUUUACAACCCUAUCCAUAGACGUUGCAAAGGAAGGAAACCCUAAGAAAUUAGUUCAAAAGGCUCUAACACAAUUCAACAAGAUCGAUCACGUUUUUUUCUCACAUGCCCUUUUAGGAAAUUAUUCCCACUUUACUGGAUUGGAAGAAGACUUCGAUUUAAUUAGACAGAUGAUGGAAGUUAAUUUCUAUUCAGUUACUCGUUUGAUCGCAGAAAUUACAAAAUAUUCUAAAGGUUAUAUACCAAAUUUUAUAAUAUUUUCAUCUCAACUGGUUGCCGAGCCUCAUCCUACGACAUUCGCUUAUUGUGUAAGUAAAUCUGCUCUUAUUGCCUUCGCCAAGACACUGCAAUUUAAGCUUUAUCAAAAGCAAAUAUCUGUAAAAAUAGUUGAUGUACCGGGAACUGAUACACAUGGUCUCUAUACAAGUCAUAAAAUCUUUUAUCACAAUUAUAAUAAUAAAGAACGCUCAAGUAAACUGGGGAAAGAUUUCGAUGAAUUUUUCGAGUUGAAGGUAAAACCCCAUUUGGCAGAUGUGAAAGAUGUUGCUGAAGACAUAAUCUUAUCAGCAUUAGGCAAUGAAGAACAUGUUGACCUAGUGGAGAAGCAUAAGCGUCAUUCUGAAUUAUAGAAAUGCUUUGAAUGUGAUCUUUUAUUAAUUAGAACGCAUAGUGAUAACAUUAUUUGUAAUACAGUAUAAAAAAUAUAAACAAACUUUUUAUUACAUAGAUAACAAAUCUUUAUCAAUGACGACUUUCUAGUCAGUUCUUUUCUGUAUUUCUAGAGCCACCCGUAUUCCACUUUCGACAGCACCUUCCACCCAAGCGUGACUAUCUGAAGUAUGUUCCCCGGCAAAGUGUAUUCUACCAGAAGAUUUUUUCAAAUUCUUGUUAAAAUCAUUAGAACAUUGUUUGGGAAGGCAAAGAGAGAAUCCCCCUAAACUAAAAGGAUCAUUCAGCCAUUUAUAAACUACUCCACUAUCAAACACAGUUUUUAC